ACGAAGAAUAGUGAAGUGAGGAGGAGAAGAGAGAAAAUGACGUCGCCAAGAGGUCUGGACCCGUCGGGGCUGCCGUCGCUGAUGCGGCGGGCUUCACGCAAUUCCGCCAUGACCACCUUCUCCAUGGGGGAAGUGUUCGACACCGAAGUCGUCCCCUCGUCCCUUCAGUCCAUUUCACCUAUCCUCCGCGUUGCCACAGAGAUCCAAAACGAACGCCCUCGAGUUGCAUAUCUUUGUCGAUUCUACGCUUUCGAGAAGGCGCACAGAUUGGACCCUACCUCGAGUGGACGUGGUGUGCGUCAAUUCAAAACCGCUCUCCAUCAACGAUUAGAGCGUGACAAUGCAUCAAGUCUUGCUUCUCGAGUGAAGAAGACUGAUGCACGAGAAAUAGAGAGUUUCUAUAAGCAAUACUAUGAGCAGUAUGUUGUGGCACUUAACAAGGGUGAACAAGCAGAUAGAGCUCAGCUUGGCAAAGCGUACCAGACUGCUGGAGUGCUAUUUGAGGUUCUUUGUGCUGUCAACAAGACUGAAAAAGUUGAAGAAGUUGCUCCUGAGAUUAUUGCAGCAGCAAAUGAUGUUCAGGCAAAGAAGGAAAUCUAUGCUCCCUAUAACAUCAUUCCCCCUGAUUCUGCAGGAGCUUCACAAUCUAUCAUGCAGCUUGAAGAGGUUAAAGCUGCCGUGGCAGCUCUUUCAAACACGCAUGGAUUGAGUUGGCCAGCCUCAUUUGAGCAGCAAAGGCAGAGAGCUGGGGAGCUCGACCUUUUGGAUUGGCUAAGGGCCAUGUUUGGGUUUCAGAGAGACAAUGUAAGGAACCAACGGGAACAUCUAACUCUACUGCUUGCCAAUAUCCAUUCAAGGCUGGUUCCAAAACCAGAGCCACAAAACAAGCUUGAUGGUCGAGCUGUUGAUGCACUCAUGAACAAGCUUUUCAAAAACUACAAAAAUUGGUGCAAAUAUUUGGGGAGGAAACACAGUUUAAGACUCCCUCAAGGAGAUCAGGAAGUGAAACAAAGAAGAAUACUUUACAUGGGCCUUUAUCUUCUAAUCUGGGGUGAGGCAGCUAACAUUCGUUUCAUGCCAGAGUGUCUAUGCUAUAUCUUCCACAAUAUGGCAUAUGAACUUCAUGGUCUCUUAGCUGGAAAUGUUAGCAUUGUCACUGGUGAAAACAUCAAGCCUUCUUAUGGUGGGGAUGAUGAAUCUUUCCUGCGGAAGGUCAUUACUCCCAUUUAUCAAGUGAUUGACAAGGAGGCUAAGAAAAGCAAAAAUGGAAAAGCACCACACACCGCUUGGUGCAACUAUGAUGAUUUGAAUGAGUAUUUCUGGUGUUCAGAUUGCUUUUCUUUGGGUUGGCCAAUGCGUGAUGAUGGAGAAUUCUUCAAAUCUACACGAGACACAUCUAAAGGCAAAGGAACUUCUGACAAAAAUCCUGCAAGGAUGGGUAAAUCGUAUUUUGCCGAGACCAGAUCAUUUUGGCAUACCUUUCGAAGUUUUGACCGCCUCUGGACAUUUUUCAUUCUUGCUUUACAGGCCCUGAUUAUAAUUGCAUGGAGUGAUAUUUCUCUAUUGGAUAUAUUUCGGAAGGAUGUGCUAUAUGAUCUGUCGAGUAUUUUCAUCACAGCAGCCCUUCUUCGCUUCCUUCAAAGUAUUUUGGACCUUAUUUUGAACUUUCCGGGCUAUCAUAGAUGGAUGUUUACAGAUGUUUUGAGGAAUAUUUUGAAGAUCAUUGUUAGCCUGGCUUGGAGUAUCAUCCUUCCACUGUGUUACGUCCAUCAAAACAACUCCUUCAAUUUUGCCCAGAUUAGGGAUGCAUUUUCAUUUCUAAAUAGAGUUAAGGGCAUUCCACCACUGUAUGCCAUGGCUGUGGCUAUAUACCUGCUACCAAAUUUACUUGCAGCAGCUUUAUUUUUGUUCCCAAUGCUUCGACGUUGGAUAGAGAGCUCAGAUUGGCUUGUUGUAAGAUUUCUUCUAUGGUGGUCACAGCCUAGAAUCUAUGUGGGAAGGGGGAUGCAUGAAAGUCAAUUCGCACUGAUAAAGUAUACUUUAUUCUGGGUGCUGCUUCUGUGUUGCAAAUUUGCAUUUAGCUAUUUUGUCCAGAUAAAACCUCUGGUAAGGCCAACAAAAGAUAUAAUGAAUAUUCAUCAUAUUCAGUUUGCUUGGCAUGAGUUCUUCCCAAAUGCUGAUAUAAACUAUGGAGCUGUUACUGCCCUUUGGGCCCCAGUGAUUUUGGUGUACUUUAUGGAUACCCAAAUUUGGUAUGCAAUUUUUUCAACCCUGGGUGGUGGUAUUAUUGGGGCAUUUGAUCGGCUUGGUGAGAUCCGAACUCUUGGCAUGUUAAGAUCAAGAUUCCAGUCUCUACCUGGAGCCUUCAAUACAUAUUUGGUUCCUUCUGAAAGAACCAGGAAGAAGGGAUUUUCUCUCUCAAAACGUUUUCAUGAGGUUUCACCAAGCAGAAGAACUGAAGCAGCCAAGUUUGCUCAGUUAUGGAAUGAAGUAAUAUGCAGUUUCAGGGAAGAAGACAUUAUAAGUGAUAGAGAGAUGGACCUGUUGCUAGUUCCUUAUUCCUCAGAUCCUAGUCUGAAAAUAAUUCAGUGGCCACCCUUUUUGCUAGCUAGUAAAAUCCCAAUUGCAUUAGACAUGGCUGCUCAAUUUCGGCCAAAAGAUGCAGACCUUUGGAAGCGUAUAUGUGCAGAUGAAUACAUGAAAUGUGCAGUCAUUGAAUGCUAUGAAUCUUUCAAGCUUGUUUUGAAUACCCUGGUUGUGGGGGAGACUGAGAAAAGAAUCAUUGGAGUCAUCAUCAAGGAAAUUGAAAGUAACAUUUCAAGAAAUACAUUCCUUGAAAAUUUCCGGAUGGCUCUGCUCCCAGAUCUUUUUAAGAAAUUUGUGGAGUUAGUUGAAUUAUUGAGAGAUGGUGAUAGAUCCAAGAAAGACAAUGUUGUUCUAGCACUGCAAGACAUGUUGGAAAUAGUUACCCGUGACAUGAUGGUGAAUGAAAUCCGUGAACUGAUAGAACUUAGCAAGGAUUCUGGAAAGCAACUCUUUGCCAGUCAUGACUCAAGACCAGCAAUAGUCUUCCCCCUUAAAAUGACAGCACAAUGGGAAGAGCAGAUCCGACGUCUGUGUCUCCUCAUGACUGUCAAAGAAUCUGCUAUUGAAGUCCCUAUGAAUCUGGAAGCUCGGCGAAGAAUUUCCUUUUUUGCAAAUUCAUUAUUCAUGGAAAUGCCACGUGCACCUCGAGUUCACAAAAUGCUUUCAUUCAGUGUAAUGACUCCAUACUAUAGUGAGGAAACUGUAUACUCCAAGAGUGACCUUGAGAUGGAAAAUGAAGAUGGUGUAUCAAUUAUUUACUACCUCCAAAAGAUUUAUCCAGAUGAAUGGAAUAACUUCAUGGAGCGUCUUGGAUGUAAAAAGGAGCACGAGAUCUGGGAAAAUGAAGAAAACAUAUUCCAGCUACGCCAUUGGGCUUCCUUAAGGGGACAGACUCUCUGCAGAACUGUUAGAGGGAUGAUGUACUACAGAAGGGCUUUAAAGCUUCAAGCUUUUCUUGACAUGGCUACAGAGGGAGAGAUUCUUGAAGGCUACAAAGCUGUCACAACUCCAUCUGAAGAAGACAAGAAAAGUCACAGAUCAUUGCAUGCACAAUUAGAGGCUGUAGCUGACAUUAAAUUCACAUAUGUUGCAACAUGCCAGAACUAUGGGAAUCAGAAGAGAAGUGGAGAUCGUCGUGCAACAGAUAUAUUGAACUUGUUGGUCAACAAUCCAUCUCUCCGUGUUGCUUAUAUUGAUGAAGUUGAAGAAAGGGUUGGUGGAAAAGUUCAAAAGGUUUAUUAUUCUGUUUUGGUAAAAGCUGUUGAUAACCUUGACCAGGAAAUCUACCGAAUAAAAUUACCAGGAUCAGCAAAGAUAGGAGAAGGAAAGCCGGAAAAUCAGAAUCAUGCUAUCGUCUUUUCUCGCGGUGAAGCCCUUCAAACCAUUGACAUGAAUCAGGAUAAUUACUUGGAAGAAGCUUUUAAGAUGCGUAACCUUCUUGAGGAGUUCAAUGAAAAUCAUGGUGUACUGGCACCUACAAUUUUGGGUGUCCGGGAGCAUAUCUUCACUGGAAGUGUUUCUUCUUUGGCUUGGUUUAUGUCAAUGCAAGAGACGAGCUUUGUUACUAUUGGUCAGAGAGUUCUUGCAAGGCCUUUGAAGGUUCGGUUCCACUAUGGACAUCCAGAUGUCUUCGACAGAAUUUUCCAUAUUACCCGUGGUGGCAUCAGUAAAUCUUCUAGGGGCAUCAAUCUUAGUGAGGACAUAUUUGCAGGUUUUAACUCAACAUUGAGACGUGGAAAUGUUACCCACCAUGAAUACAUCCAAGUGGGAAAGGGACGAGAUGUUGGUCUUAACCAAAUCUCUCUUUUUGAGGCAAAAGUUGCAUGUGGUAAUGGGGAGCAGACAAUCAGCCGUGAUGUCUAUAGAUUAGGACAUCGUUUUGACUUUUUCCGAAUGCUAUCUUGCUAUUUCACAACCACUGGCUUUUAUGUCAGUUCAAUGAUUGUGGUCCUUACAGUUUAUGCAUUUUUGUAUGGAAAACUCUAUCUUUCAUUGAGUGGAAUGGAAAAGGCAAUAGUUAAAUUUGCAAGAUCUAAGGGGGAUGAUGCUCUUAAGGCUGCCAUGGCUUCACAGUCUAUUGUUCAACUUGGUCUAUUGAUGGCUUUGCCCAUGAUUAUGGAGGUUGGACUUGAAAGAGGGUUUAGAACUGCUCUAGGUGAUAUGAUCAUUAUGCAGUUUCAACUUGCAGCUGUAUUCUUCACCUUUUCUCUGGGAACAAAGCUUCAUUAUUUUGGUCGCACUAUUUUACAUGGUGGAGCUAAAUACAGAGCAACUGGACGUGGUUUUGUUGUGCGACAUGAGAAAUUUGCUGAAAACUACAGAAUGUAUUCAAGGAGCCAUUUUACUAAAGGUCUGGAAAUAAUGAUGAUGCUCAUAGUUUAUCAAAUGUAUGGCUCAGCAGCUCCGGAUUCUGUAUCUUUCUUGUUCCUCUCUUUUUCAAUGUGGUUUUUCGUUGUUUCUUUACUGUUUGCUCCUUUCCUUUUCAAUCCUUCGGGAUUUGAAUGGCAAAAGAUAGUGGAUGACUGGGAUGACUGGAAUAAGUGGAUUAGUAACCGAGGUGGAAUUGGUGUUCCUGCAACCAAAAGUUGGGAGUCAUGGUGGGAGGAGGAACAAGAGCAUCUCCAGUACACUGGAUUAGUAGGACGUAUCUGUGAAGUUCUGCUUUCCUUCCGCUUCUUAAUUUACCAGUAUGGCAUAGUUUAUCAGCUACAUGUUGCCAACAACAGUAAGAGCAUCAUGGUCUAUGGUCUGUCUUGGCUAGUUAUUGUGGCAGUCAUAAUCAUAUUAAAGAUAGUGUCGAUGGGCAAGAAGAAGUUCAGUGCAGACUUCCAGCUAAUGUUCAGGCUUCUGAAGUUGUUCCUUUUCAUUGGGUUCAUAGUAAUCCUAGUCAUCUUGUUCUCAUUCUUGAGUCUCACUGUGGGAGAUAUUUUUGCCAGCUUACUGGCUUUCCUGCCAACAGGAUGGGCUGUUCUGCAGAUAGCACAAGCAUGCAGGCCAAUAGUGAAGGGCGUGGGAAUGUGGGGAUCUGUGAAGGCAUUGGGAAGAGGGUACGAGUACAUAAUGGGGUUGUUUAUCCUUGCACCUGUGGCUUUUCUGGCAUGGUUCCCAUUUGUGUCAGAGUUCCAGACUAGGUUGCUUUUCAACCAAGCCUUCAGCCGAGGCCUUCAGAUUCAACGUAUUCUUGCUGGUGGAAAGAAGAAUAAGUGAGUGUACGUGGUGGCAGGCAGGCAGGCAAAUGAUAUGAGGGAAUAUAAUUGAAGCCAGAGGAGGUGGAGAUCAGAUCAGAUAGAUUUGGAAAUUUUAGAAUCAUAACUCAGCUCUAUGCUUACUUAGAUGGUGACAGUAAUUUUUAGCUAUCUAUAUUCUAUAGCUAGCUGCAGCUACCUCGGCUUCAUGCUUUCUGCUCACCAAAACCUGUAAAUCCGUAGAAGAAUUGUUAAUACAAGUGUCAAUAAA